CAGUGUUCACACUCCCCUCUCCUUCCUCUCAGAAACAGGCCUAUGUUCUAGUCACCAGAGGAGUUCUCGGCCAACUAGCGCAGAGAACGGUCGGUGAGGCGUCGGAGGGCUUUUCUUGUAGUUCUUACUGGUCCUAAGAGGCCGCAUUGUCAAAGGCGCUUGUAGACAGGGAAGUUAAUAGGAGGGCAAGCAUGAGGAAGACAUACCUUUUUUCAUCAGCAUCUCUUUCCUCCGGACCGAGGUGGAUUUAGCAAACCAGAGACUUGAUGUUCCUCCACUUGAAGGCCCAAGACUCUGAUUGAUCGAAGCCUUCUUGUUCCUGUCAUUCGUGGAGUGAUCGCUUCUUGUCACUCUGCGUUGGAAUAUAUUCGUUUUGUUUGUUUUUUGUUUUUUUUUUCUCAGGAGAAAGGGUUUGAGUAAAGCUUUCCCCCUGGAUUACUUGUGGAGAUUAGUGAUGGGGAAUGCGGCGGCAGGGGGUGUGGAGCAUGAGUCGGGCGAAGGCCGAGAGGCCAGGAACUCAGUCGGGGCAGCUCCGACCAUGAGUGACCCAGCGCCAACCUUGCAGAAGAAGCAGCCGGCUCCCCCCAAACUUCCCAUGCCAGCAGAGGAGGAGCUGGAGGAGCGCUUCAAUGUGGUGCUGAGCUACAUGAACUUGCCCCCGGAUAAACUGAAGCUCUUGAGUCAAUACGACAACGAUAAGAAAUGGGAGUUGGUGUGUGAUCAGGAGCGUUUCCAAGUGAAGAGUCCCCCGUCCACUUACCUGAACAAGAUCAAGAGCUUCUACCAGGAUCAAGGAGGGGUGUCCCGUAGGUCAAAGAAGAGAAUUCAAGAUGCCACCAAGGUCCUCAAGGAUCUGGAGAUAUCCCUUCGCACCAACCACAUUGGGUGGGCGCAGGAGUUUCUCAACGAGCAGAACAAAGGUUUGGAUGUUCUGGUGGAAUACCUGUCCCACGCGCAGAGUGACUCCUCGUUUGACUUGGAGACCGUGGAGAACGGCGGCACCCUGUCGGACAGAGGGAAGCCAGCGGAGAGGUCGAUGGAAGAUCUGACCAAGAGCUCCGGCAGCACCCAUUCGCACGGGAUGACCAGGGCUGCUCGCGCACUGACCGUGAGAAUAACCAACACUCUGGGGAACAAGAAGAAGUCCCAUGUGUCCCUGCAGAGGGACGACGUGCACGUGUGCAUAAUGUGCCUGCGAGCCAUCAUGAACUACCAGUCUGGCUUCAACCUGGUGAUGACUCACCCGCGCUGCGUGAACGAGAUCACCCUCAGUCUCAACAGCAGGAAUCCCAGGACCAAAGCCCUGGUCUUGGAGCUGCUGGCUGCCGUGUGUCUCGUCAGAGGAGGGCACGACAUCAUUCUCUCCGCUUUUGACAACUUCAAAGAGGUGAGCAAAGAAAAGAACCGCUUCGAGAAGCUGAUGGAGUACUUCAUCCACGAUGACAACAACAUUGACUUCAUGGUUGCCUGCAUGCAGUUCAUAAACAUCGUGGUCCACUCAGUGGAGAACAUGAACUUCCGUGUUCAUCUGCAGUACGAGUUCACUCACCUCGGAUUGGACAAGUAUCUAGAGACUCUGAAGCAGACGGAGAGUGAGAAGCUGCAGGUCCAGAUCCAGGCCUACCUGGACAAUGUGUUGGAUGUUGGAGCUCUGCUGGAAGACGCCGAGAGCAGAGGAGGGGUGCUGGAGCACGUGGACGAAUUACAGCUACACAACGUACAGCUCAAUGCCCGGCUUGAGGAGAUUGCGAGUCAGACCACGGAGAGAAUAUCUGAGCUUGAGACUCAGCUCAUGCAGGCCACCAAGGAGACUGAGCUGCUCAAAGAAAGUCUGAGAGAGUCGUGCUCCCAGGUGAGUGCUUUGCAGCAGAGAGAAAGAGAGCGGGAGCUGGACAGGGAGAGGGAGAAGGACAGGGAGCGUCUGAGCACCAGCGUCCCUCAGACCACUUCAGAGCUGGAGCAGAAGAUCCAGGAGCUGCAGGACAAGGGCCUGAUCCGACUGGGCCGCAGUGCCUCCGGAGCCCUGGACAUCCAGGUUGUGCCUGUCACGGUGGUUGAAUACGUCCAAAGCCCAGCACCAGCCACCCAACCCAGCCCCCCAGACACUACUGACUCCAGUCCCUCAGCCUCUGUCCCUUCACCUCCACCUCCUCCUGGUGCUUCAGAGUCGAGUGGCCCCCCUCCACCUCCUCCUCCUCCCCCUCCUCCUCCUCCUCCUCCAGGUAGUUGUGUUGCACCCCCACCUCCACCACCUCCCCCACCUGGCGCCGGUCCUCCACCUCCACCUCCUCCUCCUCCCCCGCCUGGUGCUGGACCCCCACCACCUCCUCCCCCGCCCGGUGGCGGACCCCCACCUCCUCCUCCCCCGCCUGGUGGCGGACCCCCACCGCCUCCUGGAGCACCGAGCGGUCAAUCAGCGCUCAAGAGCAAGAAGCCCAUUAAGACCAAGUUCAGGAUGCCGUUGUUAAACUGGCAGGCUUUACCACCCAACCAGUUGACAGGCACAGUCUUCACUGAGCUAGAUGAUGAACAGAUCCUAGGGGAGUUAAACAUGGACAUGUUUGAGGAACAGUUCAAGACGAGAGCUCAGGGCAAUCCAACCGACCUGACCACAGUCAAGAAGAAGACAGUCGAGAAGGCUCCCACCAAGACAUCCUUGAUCGAGCCCAACAGGGCCAAGAAUCUGGCAAUCACCCUGCGCAAGGCGGGAAUGAGCCCACCUGAUAUCUGCACUGCCAUAGAGACGUAUGACCAGUCUUUGUCCAUUGACUUCCUGGAAUUGCUUGAAAACUUCAUCCCAUCAGACUUCGAGAAGAAGCUUCUGCUUAACUACGAGAAAGAAGGCCGUCCACUGGAUGAUCUGGCUAAUGAAGACCAAUUUCUCUUGCGCUUUGGGAAGAUUCCUCGUCUCAACCAGCGAAUAAACACUCUCACUUUCAUGGGCAACUUCCCUGACACCGUCAAACGCCUGGAACCGCAACUGAACUCCAUCAUCGCUGCAUCCAUGUCCAUCAAGUCUUCAGACAAACUGAAAAAGAUCUUAGAGAUCGUUCUCGCUUUCGGUAACUACAUGAACAGCAGUAAGAGAGGUGCUGCCUACGGCUUCAGGCUGCAGAGUCUGGACCUCCUCUUGGAGACCAAAUCCACAGACCGCACACAGACGCUACUUCACUUCAUCACCAAUAUCAUCCUGGACAAAUACCCCGACCUGGCCAACUUCCACACCGACCUGCACUUUGUUGACAAGGCAGCCCUUGUAUCCCUGGACGGCAUUCUUCAAAGCAUCCGCUCAUUAGAGCGAGGAAUGGAGAUGACCAAAAAGGAGUUCCUGGUGCAGGAUGACUGCCCCGUGUUGAAGGAGUUCAUCAAAACAAACAGUGAACAUCUGGAGUCUUUGAUUAAGGACAGCAAGACAGCACAGGAGGCCUACGGUGCCGUGGUGGAGUAUUUCGGAGAAAACCCCAAAACCACACAGCCUUCCAUGUUUUUCCCCAUGUUUGGCCGCUUCAUAAAGGCCUAUAAGACAGCGCAGCAAGAGAUUCAGCAGAAGAAGAAAACGGAGAGCGAGAGCCGUGAGGUUAAAGAGUCGCCAUCUCCAAACAAGGCUGGAGCUCAGAAGGGCCCCAUGAUGCCCAAGAUGCCCCAGAUGGACCUGAUAGCGGAGCUGAAGAAGAGGCAGGUGAAGCCGCCAGUGCGCGAGGGGAAGGACGGCGCUCUGGAGGACAUCAUCACAGACUUGAGGAACUCACCAUACAGGCGGACAGAUGGUCGCAGGCCAGCGCAGCGGCAGGACACUUAAACCACUUCUGCUUCAAGAGUUUAAGGUUUUUAACAAAUAUUAACUGGAAUCACAUUCAGGCCUAAGAACAAGCUUUAAAACGUGCUGUACUGUAAAUACAAUAUAUAUCCAAAUAUCAAACGGCUGUGUGUUUUAACAAUAUUUUAGUGUGACUUUGCUUUGUAAAUAGAAGUUGGAGAUGUUUUUCAUAAGCAGUCCGUGAAUCUGAUUCCAUAUAUUCACCUAAAAAAAAAUGUUUUGUAUGCUCUAAAUUUAUAGUAAACUAAUUGAAAUGUUAACUUUUUAAAAUAAACUAUUUUUUUUUUAACCGUU